CUAAGCCUGUCAAGGGCGGUGACGAGAGUCUGCGGUCAGUGAAGAGCGCAGGGCGGAUCAGCGCGAGGCCGCAACGCUGACACACGCGCGAAAACUCUAACAACUCAACGAAAACGAAUCAUGGCAGAUCUGAGUUUAACCGACGCUCUGAACGACAGCGUUCCUGAUGUGGAGAAGGAGGUGGAAAGAGAUUUUGUGGCCACUCUGGAGGCGGAGAGUUUUGAUGAUCAGGUCGGUGAGAUGGUGGGCAAGACGGAUUACAUCCCACUGUUAGACAAUGAUGGGAAGGAUCCCAGUACAGUAGCAGAGAACAGAGAUCAGAAAGCCCAAGGGGCUCAGAACCUUGAUGCAGUAAAUCCACUGGACGCGCCAGGACUGAUUUCAACAUCGUGGCCAGAGAUGCAGGAUUAUGUACAACCACAUCAGACUGACCAGCAGGCCUUUGGAACUGAUUUAAUAACAGAUUUCUCUGAGCCCAGCGUGAUGUCAGCACUGAACACAGGUGAGAGUCCUGCUCCUCUACAGACAGAAAGACCAUCUGAACCACAAGAGUCACCAGCAAUCCAGGCCACUGAAGCCCCCAAAAUACCCGAUGAACCCCUGAUAGCCAUCACACCCAAGAGCCCACUAGACACAUCUGCAGGUAUCUUUGGUGAGCGCUGGUCUAAUGAGGCCGGCAUCCCAUCUGAUCUGCCCUUCACACCCAGCGUUUCCACGGUUAUCAGUCACCAUGCCAGUCACCUGGCUGAAAGUUCACAUGAUAAGCUCGAUUCUCAUUGGUCCCCCAAAGAAAGUGGAGCUGGAGAUGGUGAUGAGAGAGAAGGUGAAGGAUCUGACCGUAAAAAAGACAAGAGAAAGAAGAAAAGAAGACCCAGGGAUGAGGUGUUUGACUUUCACACAGAAAUUCAAAGUGAAAGUGCUUUAACUGACAGCCCGCAUCAUUCGUCCCCACGCAAGGAACGGGACAGAGAUGCAGGCUGGGAGGACGCCGGUCGAGUUGGUGGUAGAGUCAAGAAGCCCAAAAGUCGAAAGAAGAUUCCAGAGGAAUGGGCGAUCCACGCAGAACCAUUUGUCCCUGCUUCCAUGUCAAAAGAGUUUGGAAGUGAUUUUACCUCUCCACUUGCAGAUGACAGUGGUUUAAUAUCGCUCUCUGAAGAUUACACUGAUGAGAGCCUCAUUCCUAUGUCUCUUACACAAGAUCUUCUAUCCCUCACUGCCACUACCCCACCGUCCACACUGCCACUUCAACCUAAAGUGUCAUCCCCAAAGUCUCCAGAUCAGACUUCAAGUCUCUCUCCGCAGCUUCCCUUGUCCAUGUCAUCUGGCUUCCAUGACAUCAUCAUAGAAACAGACAACACCUUCUUGGAUAAUCCACCUGAUGCUUUUGAAUUGCCGUCACCACUAGGCAAAGCUGGUUCCCCUGCUUGCCGCAUCGAUGAAAGUCAAUCUUUCAUGUCUGUUGGUGGAACCUUUGAAGAGGCCAUGUUAGAACAAGAACCCUACACUUCUUCAGUCACUGACACCCAAGUAACAGUUGAGUCCCCAGGAAAGGAACCACUGAUGUCCACCCCCGGAAGCACUUGUUUUGUACCACCUAUGGAGGCACUGAUCUCUGCACCACCAUUCUCACCGUCUGGACCCGCUUGGUCUCUAAAUAAUCACAAUCAGCCCUUUGAUCUUGCUGGGAUUGAAGGUGUGCCCUUUGAGACUCCAGCACCGCUACUUUCACCAAAGAACAAAACCCCGAAAGACUCCAAAGCCAAACAUGGGAAGAAGUCCCGUUCAUCCUCAUCAAAGAGUCCCACCACUCCCGACGCUAAGUUGCCCUCUCCUCAGAAUUCUGGUCUGAAUCCAUCUGCACCACCAUUUUUCCCCAGUUUUGCCGAGCCUCGGGAACCCAUUGCGGGAAUGCCUGUUACCCAUGAAGGAAACUCUGAGAAAAACAAGCCAGAAGAGAACAAAAUGGACAACAUUCAGAAAUCUGACGACUUUGAUGUUUUCAACAAGAUGGACAAAGAUCAGCAAAUGAUUUAUGAGAAAGACAAAACUGAGCCCAUAGACAAACAGACGGCCAAAAACACAGAAACAACCACACCUGAUAAAACACCUGAGAAAAUGGACAUCAGUGAAGUUGGCAAAGUAGAAACACCAGUGAAGGUUGAAGUGAUCGAGAAAGUAGAUCAUUUAGAAAAAACUAUAGCACAAGACGUGUUUGAGAAAGAUGAUACGGUUAAGAAAACAGAAGAUAAGAAAGAGACAACAGAGAAGAUUGAAUCCUCCCCAAAGAUGGACAUAGAGAAAGUAGAUCAGGUAGAAAAAGCCGAAGUGAAAACAGAGAAAGUCAAAGCAGAAGAGAUCAAAGCUGAGCAAGACACAGCAGAAGAUAAGAAGCUGGAUCUGAGACUAGAAAAUGACAAAGUUGAACCAAAGACAGACGAUAAAGCUGAAAAGAAGACAGAAAAGGUUGAGUCCGCUGAAAAGAAACCUGCCAAAGCUGAAAAGGACGAGAAAAGUGAGAAAGUCAAAAAGCCAGCUGCUAAAACCUCUGCGGCCAAACCUGCAGUAACUAACGGUGUACCUGGAAAAGACUUGACCAGUCCUGACAAGAAGACCAAGCCUGUCGCUGGGGCAACCAAACUUAGCUCCUUGAAGCCCCGGCCAAGCUCCGCCUCCACCGCUACAGCUGCCCCCAAGCGUCCAACCCCUACCUCAUCCACCAGUGCACCUGCCCCCCUCAGCAAAAAAGCCCCUGUGCUCAAAGCACCCACCCCAGCCGCUGGCACCAAACGGCCAGCCGCGGCGUCCACCCGACCCAGCACAAAUGCUGCCGCACCCGGUGCAGUGACCAGAGAGGUCAAACCCAAGACGGCCACAGAGAAACGCCCAUCUGUGCCAAAGGUCACGCAUGCACCUGCGUCUGCGCGGCCCACCGCCCCUAAAAAUGAUUCAUCUGCAACAACAGAAAACAAACCUGCAACCACAACACGCACAGCAACCUCAACACGCCCGACAUCCAGCGCGUCUGCAACCCGACGUCCGGUCACAAAGACUGACAGCAAACCAGAAGAGAAGAAACCAGCCACACUGAAAACUGCAGAUGCUGCUCGUCCUAAAACGACACCACUCAAAACAUCCACCACUACAAGCAUCGCCAGCACUCGCCCUCGCCUCACAAAAACAUCCACCACCACCAGCAGCACCACAGGAGCCGCUGCACCCGAGAAGAAGCCGCCUGUAUCCCGCGCCCCACGACCCAGCUCAACCACCACCAGUACUGCAGCUCGCCCCGCUCCCCGCGUCAGCUCCGCCACUGGACCGGAUAUUAAAAACAUCCGCUCUAAGAUCGGCUCCACAGACAACAUGAAACACCAGCCUGGAGGAGGAAAGGUCACAGUUUCUCAGAACCUUCAGGCCUCCAAAGACAACAGCCAGGGCAAAGUUCACAUAGUCUCCAAAAAAGUGGACUACAGUCACGUCACGUCUCGCUUGGGCUCCAAGGACAAUAUGAAACAUGUUCCUGGUGGAGGGAACGUCCAGAUUCUCAGCAAGAAGGUUGAUGUUAGUAAAAUAACCUCAAAGUGUGGCUCCAAAUCCAACAUGAAACAUAAACCAGGUGGAGGCGAUGUAAAGAUUGAGAGUCAUAAGGUGAAUUUCAAAGACAAAGCUCAGUCCAAAGUCGGCUCAAUGGAUAAUGUCAGUCAUGAGCCUGGUGGAGGUAAAGUCAAGGCUGAGGGGGCUGAGGAGACAGCUGAGGGUAGUGUGGCUCCCUCUAGUGGUGUCUCGGCCACCCAGCCGACAGACGGUUCUGCCCAGGAGAAUGGGCUGAAGGAGGGCAAUGCCUGCAGGAGUGAGGAGCUCCGGGACCCGCAGGGUCUGGACUCGCUCAUCCCUGAAACAAGCAUCUAACUCUGCUGUUUGCCAUCACUUUAUCCUUUCCAUUUCAACCCCCCAUCGCCUCCUCUCCUCCCAUUUUUUAUGUCCUGUGUUCUUCUGUCCUGCCUUUCCUCAAAUCUCUGAUGCAGAUUGAGUCAUUCAAGCU